AUGAUAUGGGACAGAUAUUCAGUCGGAAAAACUUCACCCAAACCUGAUCUUACCAAAGGUCCAGACUCUGUCGGCGAUCCAAGCAAGGUAGGUUUUGAUCCAUUCGCAGAACUUUUUGUAGAAUAUCUCCACACCAUUUCACCUUCACUAGACGAGGAGCUCCCUGAAAAGGACCUUAAGGCGGUAAUAGCUCUUGAUCUCCGGCUGAUGGACUCUUCGAUUCCGGAGGUGCGCAAUGCGGCCGCCAUUUUUGCCAGAAUGGCGCUGAGGUUGAUGAAACGCCGCGCGCGCGUUCGCACGGCGGUGGAGAAAUCACCUUUUUUUCUUCUUUACACCAUCGCGUUGGUGACUUCGCAGUCGCAGGUUUCCGGUAACGUCCGUGUGUUCUUGGAAGAGGUUCUCAAGCGGUUUGGCUAUACGGCAAUCGAUCCGAUCUUUUCCAUCGGUUCCAAGAACUCUCUUCGCUAUACACACAAGAUGAUAAAACUCGCGGCGGACGGGCAAAACGAGUUCGAUUGCUUUUUCAUGGGCACCGCGAUGCGGGCCGGGGGGGGGGGGGGGGGGGAAAUCGCGGUCGAGGACGACGCGGACGACCGUUGGCGUCGUGAGGCCCUGACAGAUCGGCUGCUCCGCUGCGCCCCUGGAAAACGUCCGCGGCGGGCGGACACGGGGCAGGGAAAGGGCCAACCCACCUCAAGAAGCUGCGUGAACAAAAGGAGGCGAGACAGUCUCUCAAGCGGUUGCGCGUGUAGGAGGAUAUCCGGAAGGGUGAGGAGUUUGUGGGGAGUGGUGCGGGGGACAUCAAAUCAGGUAAUAUCGAGCCAUUCGCAUACGUUCCAUUAA